AUGAUGCACGUGCUAUCGACGGCAGUAUGGCUGGUUCUUCAACUGCCGAAGAUAUCGGACUGCGCUCCUGAUUCCUUCCAAGGUUGGUCGGAAUAUAGUACACCCCGUGGUAGUACACUGUACCGCUUUCGUUUUGCCUUAAACGACAUCAGGCUUGUACCUGAUCCUACCACCGGAUGCAUGGUCUUCUUGCCCCGUCACGCAAUGGGUUUAGAAGUCCCUGUCGGAGAUCAAUUUGAAGACUGUUCCGUCAUCCCCCACGAAGAUGCGUGUGGCUUCAAGUUGCAACCAAACUUGCACCUCCAGCUCAGCAUUGUUCCCUCGUACAUGGGCAAGGGAAAUGUGCGGAGAAUUGACUUGAAGUGCAGGUAUCACAAUGGCAGCAAGGCGUGGGGUCGUUUGAUCCGCGGCAUGCUGUGGCGUGGGAGCACUCUCCAACCUCACUGCUCCGAACCGCUUUUGGCUUUCACAUCACGAACCUCACGAGCGGAAUAA